AUGUGCCGUGCCGCUCUCUGGGCUUCCAUCUCCGUCUCCCCAGGCACCCUGGCGACCGAUCACACGCCUCCUCGACAGUGCGUAGCCACAUCAUCGAGGCCGAUGGUUUCGCGGGACUGGAUGCUGCAUGACAUUCUUGUCACACCCCUCUACGUGUGCGUGAAUUCAGCUGCGGUCGUACCGCUCAGCACAAACACUUGUCUUCACCUGGUGCGCAGGCUCGCAAGUGGUGGUGAAUCGGUCAAUGCUGCUGAGGUGGCAACUGCAGGGUCGGCUGAUCUGGACACCCUGCUUCGUGAGUCGCCGACAUGUGGCACACUCGUCUACGCUCUACUGCAGCAGCGGUGGCGGAUGGAGCAGUGUAAGAUACCACCACCUCUCUCCAUCCUGGAUAGCAACGCCUUCAUCUUUGCAGAGGGGAGCGGCUUUGCCCAGCACGAGGAGGCACUCGCUGCAGAUGUGUACGUGUCAGUGGUGCCAUCUCUGUCACCGUCGACACACUCCUCAGAGACGCCCUCGUCAGCAGCGAUAAUGCAGUUGAUGACAUCGCUGUCUGUGGCACACGAGAGAGGGAGUGACAACGUAAUGGACUGCAGAUCCGAGGCGUGGGCUGCAGAGUUGUCGAAGCACAUCCUACGCCGCUGGGCGCGUCUGUCGGUGCAGGCGGUGCUUUGCUGUGGUGAGUCGCAGGCGGCGCUGCGGCAUCGCAGAGGACUUCUGCUUCGUCACGCCUCUGAUGUGCAGCGGGACACCACGCCCGCUUUCUCGACCUCCAAUGACGCGUAUACCCGCAAACUCAACGCAGCACUCCACCUUCUCGACGCAUUGCGACCGACUAGCACUUCGGCAGGGAGACAGAUCUGCGACGGCGGGGAAGCCAGCUGUAGUGUCGUGGUUGACGCACUCGAUGUGGUUCUUGAAAAGUGUGAGGACGACGGCAGUGACCGCCAUUACCUUCUGCGUGGAUGUGUGCGGCGCGUGGUGGCGUUUGCCCCCACUGCGGCACCUCAUUGCGGCGUUGACGAACCUCGCCUCGCCCCAGAGCCAGACUACCUGCAACUCCCAUGGUGCGUGGCACACUCGGCAGCAUUGGCUUUCACUAGUGCGCAGGCUAGUGCAGCAUCUGCCUCUACUCCACAUUUUUCAGCGAGCAGCGCGGCCAGCUCUCCCAUACCACCGCAUGUUCACGUGCCCUUGCCGGUGCUUGACGCCUGCAUGAGUGACCUCCACUUCACAGCUGAACAGCAGACAUGCCUGCAUGAACUUGCCUACAGUGUAGUGUAUCUCGCCUCCCUGACGUUUACCCCACAGGGGGGGUCCAGCGCUGGCCCUGCAAAGGUCGCAUCCACAUCGCUGCCGGCACUGAGCGCUGCCGCCAAGUUUCUGCGCCUGCCAACGAGUGAGCUUGUCGCGGCGUUGACGACAGUGGAGGCACGCGAGGACGACCAGUCUACGACAUCGGCAGCGCGUCACGCCCUAAACUGCACCGGCGCGACGCAGAUGCAACGCGUUCUAGUGGCUCAUCUUGGCGGGCUGCUGGUGCGCACGCUGAUGCACCUUAUCAACAUGGCCCUUCACGUUGAUGGCCGCAUCGGUACGGACGCGCGGGCCUUGGUACUUGCGGCCACCACCGAUGCUGAGGACACCGCGGUACAAGCGCCACCUGCUCACAUGCCCGACACAGACGGGGGGAGUCAUGGAGGGUCUGGAGGCGGCCUUUCGACGUGGUACGCUGCUUAUGUGCGCUGCCACGCCGCCGCGGCUGUACGGGAUAGGCUCGUUGGUGCGCUGCAGCGCGAGGCGUGCUACGAAGGAGUGGAGUCCGAGGUGGACAGCUGGCUUGAUAAGUUCUCCGCCGCAUCUACUGCACCUACGAGCACAGCACUUCGGCUGCGCCCAGUAGCCGCAGAGGUACGCGAAGUCGCGACGCGGGUCAGGAUGCCAUCGGCGAAGCAGCGAGAGGCUGGCACCAUCUUCACCACGCACGCCACUGCUGCUGCUGCUGCUUACGACUCCGUUGAUACUACAUGUGAUAUUCCUGUGGUUGCGGAGCUGGCGCGCAUCCUGGAGGCAGUAACAUUGAGGUGUAGUGACACCGAUGUGUCUGCAGCGCCGCCCCUGUCUUCUCCAGCAGCGGUGCAACGCCUACUCGCGGAGCAGCUUCAGGAGCUGGCGGCAUCGGCGCGGCAGACAGUAGCCAGGGAGGACGACGGCACGGCCAUACGGGCAGAAGAGGUCGUGUGCACCUGGGAGGGAACGGCGUCCGCUGACAGCAGCCCCUGUGAUGGGGUUCUUGUGCUCACCUUUCCGUGUGGUCUGCACUCUUCUCUUCGACUCUCCGUGCGCCGCCUUGCUGCUGACAUCUUUGCCGCCGCGCGCCUCUGCGUGUUGGGCACCACGCCGGCGGUGCAACACAUCCUGCAUGGCGUGAGGGAGUGGUGCGCGUCUUUGACCUCCAUGGUUAUUUCAGCCGAUGAUCGAAGGAGGAGGGUGCCACGCAUGGGGCAGAGCCCGCUGCAGUCUCUAGAAGGCGGUCGUGAUAGUGAGGGCGUAAUGGGGGUCUUAUUCCCUGUAAGUUCCUGCUCUGCCCACGAAGCCCUGCAGUCCACACUCGCGCUUCACCGCAGGAGCCGCAGUCCCAUCAGUAACAUUGUAAGGGAUGCUGACCAUCGUGACACCACCACCGCCACUCUGACGUCUGACUUCUUCUAUGUCAUGCUCUCUAUUCCUGUCCCAGCGGAGACUUCGAGUUGGGGGACUUUGCCAGGCAUCGGUGACCUGGAGAAGCACCGGCGUGGCUCACCAGGCGCGCUUCCUUUCCUUGAGCUGUUGCCCCCUGACGAAGCACCGAUGUCCUUCACUCCCGCUUCAAAUGAUGCGCUCACGCCUGACGACGUGUUGACAACGUAUCUGCGUGAGCGCGAUCCGCUGCUGCUCGCCUUGUUUUUCUGGUCUCGCCUCUGCCACUGCCAUGUAUGCCCGGUGCCUGCGUUUGCGAAGACCUUCGCGGUGCCGCUGCUAACGUCGUACGCACAGCGGCGGCCACUUACCGGAGUGCCACCACGCAAUACGACGAGCAGUAGCCCGUCAGCGGGGGAGAGCCGAGAGGAUGCCCUGAGCGAGAGUGCUCUUCGCACGGUAGCUGACGCCGCCUCGGGCGCUCCGGUACAAACGCCACGGUGGCACACGCGUGCAACGGCGCCUGAUGCAGCGGUCGCCGAGUUUCUGAACCGAGUGCGCCAUCUGCAACGCCAGGCACGCUACCGCGAGCUGUGUUUGCUGGCCCUCCAGGAGGUGCCCUGUUGCGGCGAUGGCGGUGCAGUGCUUGGUGUGAGUGUCGUGUUUCUUGGAGCUGCUGCUGUGGCGACGAUGCAGUCGUGUCGCGUGGAGCUGCGCGACACGGCUGUACGGUGCCUUCAAGAAACAGGGCGCGGCUUCCUUUCCCGACGCCGACUUUGCUUCGUGCGGGAGCAACGGCGGCAGCAACUCGAUCAGCAACGGCAUCGAUCACUUCAUUUGACCAACAGCUGCCUUGUGGACCCAGCAGCAGCAUCAUCGGUGGAGAUGCGGGAGCGCGAGGUUCUCGAGCGCAUGAGAGACACACAGCUGGCGCAGUCAGCCCAACAUCGGAUCAAUGCCCUCACUGACUCUACGCGGCACCUUAGCCACACCGUUGGUCUUCUGCAGCAGGGAUGGACGGAGACCCUGGAGCUGCUGGAGGGGGAGCUGGUGGGCUCUACGAUGCAGAUAAACGCCUACGAGAAGCAGCGGCGGGUGGCUGAGGACGCGGCACGGCAGGAGGCGCGUCUUUCGUUGCGCGUCCACGAGGAGGCGUGGAGCGAAGUCUGGAUGGGUGCGAAGAGGCGUCAGGCGCAUCGACAGGCGGCUCUAGCUGGGCGGCAGCGACGUCGCCCAUCGCCCCUCGAGCGACGUGACGCUGAAAGCACGGCGGUGAUCGAGGAGGGUAUUCGACUGGCAACCACCACUGCCCAUCACACUUCGCAGCUAAGGCACAAGGCGGUGCUCUCGGCGGAGGCGGCACUGCUCUCCCACUUACUAAGCGCGAACCGUCGCGAAGAUGCUCAGUGGCUCGCAGGUCAUGUACGGCGGCAGGAAGCGCGGGUGACACACAUGGCAGACCGCCGUCAACACUAUGGCAGCGGCAGCGGCGGCGCAGACCUGCCCGAGGAAAGGCAGCGACGUGGAGGGCGGCGCGAAAAGGGAAUCACCGAAACUCCAGCACGGCCCGCGGAGUCACCGGCAGGUUUUUCGAGGCUGCAGCACAGCAACCCUGAGGGACUGGUAUUUACUCGUCCACGCCACGCGAAAGGUAAAGGAAACACUAACACUGCACCCACUUCUCCUCUCGGUGCAGGACAUACUCAGUUAGUGGCGGUGUCGUGCAGAGAGCGUGGUUGUCCUGAUGUGGCUGGGCGCAUGUCCAUCGCGUCGAUCGAGCGCACCAUGACGGCAACGGCAACCGAGGAUUCACCCGAAUGGGUGGUGCAACGGGACUUGAUGUCGUUGUGGGAAUCCUCUCGCAUGUCCGCUUGA